GUUAUCAGGAUGACGCUGGCCUCGUAAAAUGAGUUGGGGAGGGGUCCCUCCGCCUGGAUUUUUUUGAAUAGUUUCAGUAGGAAUAAUGCCAGCUCUUCUUUAUAUAUCUGGCGGGAUUCAGCUGUGACUCCAUCUGGUACUGGGCUUUUUCUGGUCUGUCAUUACGGAGGGCGACUUGUCAUAAAGGUUGGAAACGGAAGCUUGAUUUUUCAUCAAUCUCUCUCUUCCAGUGCUCUGUCUGGGCCAGAGGAUUCAGGCACAGGAAGGGAACGUUCCCAUGCCUCUCAUAUUUGCCAGAUCAAGUCCUGUGGUUCCCCAGCAUGGAUCUGUGAAAAUCCAGUGCCAGAGCAGUGCUGAGUCUUUCUUCACCCAGCUGGUGAUCCAAAAAAACUCCACGUAUGAGGAGGUAGACAGGAAACUGGGGUUUUGGAACGAGAGUGAGUUCGUCAUUGACCGCAUGGACACAAACACGGCAGGGCGCUAUCACUGCCGAUACAAGAGAGGCUUCAACUGGUCACACUACAGUAACGCCCUGGAGCUGGUGGUGACAGGCUUGUAUGACAAACCCUUCCUCUCUGCAGAUCGGGGUCGUGUGGUGAGGCCGGGAGAGAAUAUCUCCUUCACGUGCAGCUCGGCACACCUCCCAUUUGAUAGAUUUUCACUGGCCAAGGAGGGAGAACUUUCUCUGCCACAGCACCAAAGUGGGGAACACCCGGCCAGCUUCCCUCUGGGUCCUCUGGACCUCAAUGUCUCAGGGAGCUACAGGUGCUACGGUUGGUACAGCAGCAGCCCCUACGUGUGGUCCGCCCCCAGUAAUGCCCUGGAGCUCGUGGUCACAGGUAGGUACCUCCCAGGACAGCCCCGUGUCUGGGUUGGCUGUCCAGGGCUAUGUCACUGGGCAGGGAUCUGAAGAGGUGCACUCAGAGUAAAGUGAAGAGAAGCAGAGACUCGCUCACUCCAGGAUGGUGGGGGGGGGGGCU